UAUAAAAUUGAUAUAAAUUGACGUUUGCUUUUAGAAAUAUUAACAGUAGAUUUCUAAAUUUGAUUCAGUUAAAACAGUCAAUUUAUUAAAAACCAACAGACCAAAAAUGGCUUUACAUUGUAUGAAAGUAUCAAGGAUGAUCAAUCAAAAUGCAUUCAGAUGCAUUGCAUUAAGCACGCAAAGAAGUCAAUCAACGGCAACAAAUGAUAAGCUUAUAACCACAGAAGUAAAUAGCAAAACUGGAUUCGUGACUGUUUCAUUUAACAGACCUAAGGCACAUAAUAGUUUCACGCUGGAAAUGUUGCAGGAAUUUGCAAGCACACUCGAUGAAGUUGACAGCAAAAAUUCUAGAGGAAUGAUCCUAACCACUACAUCAGAAAAUGUCUUCACAACAGGCUAUGAUAUCAAAGAAUUAGUCGAUCCUGAUCCUGAAAGACUCUGGAACUUACAUGCAACAUACCUUGACUGUUGUCACAAAUUAUUCUAUUCGCUAUUUCCCACAGCUGCUGCUAUAAAUGGUCAUGCUAUUGGCGGUGGUUCCUAUUUUGCUAAAGCUUGUGAAUAUCGUGUAAUUCUCCCGAACUGUAAAAUUGGAAUGAAUGAGACCCAACUAGGAAUUGCUAUCCCAAAAACUGCGAUCCUUACAAUGAAAAAUAUCAUUUCUGCCCGUGAAGUUGAAAAGGCUGUAACUUUCGGCUAUGUCUACCCUUCAGAAGAAGCACUUAAAGUUGGACUUGUCGAUGAAAUUGCAACAGACAAGGCUGAUGCUAUAGCAAAAUGUGAAGCUUUUCUCUUAAAGUUCAGGAAAGUCCCACCAUUAGCACGAGGACUGACUAAGCAAUACUUUAGAAUGAAUAUUGCAGAUAUGAUUCUCGCUGAAAAACAAAAGGAUGUUGAUGUAUUUGUGAAAUCUAUUCUAGAUCCUAAAAAUCAGAGAGUAUUUAAAUCAUUCUUAAGUCGCUAAUUUGAACGAAGUGAGUCAGUAUUAUUAAUUUUUAUCUAAGUUGUUAAUUUUAUUAAGGAUUUUAUACAAUUUUUUAUCAAUUUGGUUUUUUCCAUCAUUAUGUGUACAGCUUAAAAUAGCUUAAAAGUGUCUUGAAUAAAAAUAUUAAUUUUAAAAAAU